CACCAACCCCGAUGGAAUAUCGCCCUUAUGAGUGGCACAGACGCCCCCAAGAGCGCCUGCAACCUCUGCCGGCAUCGAAAGAUUCGUUGCGAUAGGGCGAAGCCUGCCUGUGAAAACUGUCGGUUGGCUGGCGUGGCCUGCCUCUUUACUGCUUUACCUCAGCGCAAAAGCCCCCGCGAACAGCUCGAAGAAGCCAAGGCUCAAAUUAAACAAUUAAAAGAAACUCUGCGCCUAGAAAGGGCCGGUCAGCAUCGGUCUCAUUCUUCCACUCCAGCAGCACCGGCUCUCACUGUCUUCGACCCAUGCGGGUUCGAGACUACGCUGGCUGCCUUUCGAUGGCAUCUUCAAUUUUGUACACCAGGGGCUGAUCCUGACAGGCGACUGGAUUCGUAUCUUGAUUUUGACGCGUUUGCUCACGGGCUGAAGCAGUCGCUCGACUCACCACGGCCCAUCCCGACCAAGGUGAUAACGCCGAAAUGGCCUUCUCGCGUGGUGAUGCAACAGUCGCUAGAAUAUUAUGAGAGCAACAAGCUCUACGCGAUAUUUCCGAUGGUGGAUACGAUGGCUUUGAAACGCCUCCUAGAUGCCAACGAACUGGGUCUGCAAGGAGGGACGAUUGAUGCUGCCAACCAGGCAUGUUUAACUGCACUGACAGCUUUUGUUACUCGAAUCCGUCAUCAUGAGCCUACCUUUACCGAGGCGGAUUCCAGUGCCUAUAUGCAAGCUGUGCUUUCGAUGCUGCCCCAGCUGGUCAUGGAACAUACCAACAUUCGGACAUUAGAGGCCGUGUUGAUUCUCGCUGUCGAUCUCGCUCCUCAAGGUCAGCCACAGACAGCCGAGCUUUUAAUGUCCCUCGCAGUACGAAUUCUCUAUAAUCUAAAAGGCAACCUCAACAAACCAGCUUCCUCAGACCCCGAGCAAGUCCGAGCUCACCACCAUCUCCGUGCUCUCUUCUGGGUCUGUUACUCCAUCGACAAAGAAAUGUCACUCCGCCGAUGCCAACCCCCUAUCAUCAAUGACGCCGACUGCGAUCUAGAUCUACCAGCAACAUACGUCUCCAUAACCUCCGACCACCAAUUCUUCCACUCGUCCUUAUCCUUACAAGAGCUUCUGUACCCCACAGAUCUCCGCCUCGCAGUACUCAAAUCCAAAAUCUACCGCCUGCUAUACUCACCAUUAAGUCUGAGAUUACCCGAAAGUGCACGUUUACAAUUAAUCCGCCAACUGGACGAGGAACUCAGCGACUUGAAGGCGCAAUUUCCGGCAGUCUGCCAACCAGACAUGUACGCGAAGGGCGAGGUAUCGGACACCUUGCUGCUCAACCUCAGUGUCCGAGGUGCAAACACCCACCUGGAAUAUUACCAUUGUCUGUCCAAGAUACAUGGAGCUAGUAUCAGCGGUAGCAGCAACUCAACCAUGAGGAAUCUGUCACCACCAUCCUCCAGCAUGGAACUCUGUUACCAGGCUUCCCGCUCGACACUAUUAUACGUCUGUCGAACUUGUCAUCUCAUCACGAAAGAAACAUUUUGGAUUUAUGCGCAGUUCAUUCUGACGGCAGUCUUUGCAUUGUACCAGCGGAUCACAACGGCUUCUAUCGAGUAUCAUGGUCAUGAGGAUCUUCGCCUUUUGGAGAAAAUCCUUGAGGUAUUCGUCACUCUUCGGAUUGCUGAUGGUGAGGGUGGGUUUCCGCCGUUUGCUGUCACCGAGGCUCUUAUACGAAACUUAAUCUCUUCGGUUAAGUAGUUGUAUUAUGGUAGUCGAUGGUAGACACUGGGAUUAUGAAUAAUUGUAUAAACUUAUAAAUUUCAAGUACUAAGAUAGAGAUACCCAGUACCAGAGUGAUCUACUUCAACCAUUUGGUAUAAUGC